GCAGCAGCAGCAGAAGGAGGAGGAGGAGGAGGAGGAGUUCCCGGUGCUGAAUGUUCUGACUAUUCAGGUGAAGAACUGACGCUCUUCAGUCUGCGGCUGUUUUUCUGCCCGGAGGAGUCAGAGGAGAGAGGUUAUCCCCCCGCACCAGCUGCCGGGUCAGUACUGCGUGUUUCCAGCUGCUUCAUCAGCAUGAUGAGUGACGUCCGACUAGCUUCAGCUCCUCCCUCUGUCUCCAAGCUCAUGGGUUCACCAACAGGAUGCAGUUCCCAUGGUAACGAGCCUCCAGCCUUUGUUUUGCCUCCCCGCAACGUCCGGGUCGCCCUGGGAGGAGAUGCUCGGCUGGAGGGGAAGGUGCGAGGUCAUCCGGACCCCCAGGUCACAUGGUACAGAGACGGCACGGCUCUGACUGGUGGCGAGCGCUACAUUGUGGAACGAGGAGGGCGGGGCACCUUCAGCCUAGUCGUGGGCGGAGUCAGAGAGGAGGACCUCGGCCGUUACACCUGUCAGGCGACCAAUCAGGCAGCAAGCCGGCAGGUUACCGUGGAGAUCGUUCUGGACGAGAAUUCUGGGAAGAAAUCCAUGGUCCCAUCACGGAUGAGAAUGGGGUGUCGCACUGAGGUCCCGGCGGUGGAGAGCAGGCCCAGCAUUUGGGCUGAGAGUCCACCGAAAUUUGUCAACAAACCGAGCCGAGUGUUCGCCAGACUGGGACAGAACGGGAAGUUCUCCGCCAAAGCCACGGGACGGCCGCAGCCGCAGGUCACAUGGUACAAGGGGGAAGCUGAGCUUCUGUCCUGUGGGCGCGUCCAUGUGUUUGAGCUCUCUGGCCGUCACUUCCUGGAGAUAAAGGAAGUGGCCGCAGAAGACGCGGGAAGUUACACUUGCUCCGUCACCAACAGCGCUGGAACGGCCACGGCCGCCGCCGAGCUCAUAGUGCAGGGAGUUCCUGAGGUCUCAUCUUGCAUACUUUCCACUGCAAACCCACACCACGUCCAGCCAGCUGAGGACCCCCGUUCCAGACACCAGAACCUGACAACAAGCAGAGGUGUUUCCAGUGUUUCCAGUGUUUCCAGUGCUCCCAGUGCUCCCAGUACUCCCAGCUCCAAGGCAGGGUUGCCCAGAGUGAAGGAGCUGCAACCUGAACCCCCCACUGCCUGGAGGAGCAGACAGCCUCUACAGCACCCUCAUGUGGCUGGGAACAGUACUGCUUCUCCGGUGCAGUCGGUCCGUCCUGAUCCAGUCCAGAAGACCACCGCUGCUUCAGACAGAAACCGGGCUGUGAGGAGAACCACAUCGGGGUCUGGUCUGCGGUUCGAAGCUGUUCCUCUGGACCAGGAGGCCACCGAAGGAGCGCAGGUCACCUUCACCUGCCAAGUCUCCUCUGAUGCCGUUGCCACGGUUACCUGGCUGAGAGAGGGCGCACCUGUGAGAACAGGAGCAGGUGUGGAGCAGAGACGGGAUGGGAGCCGUCUGAACCUCACCGUGGAGAGAGUGAGACAGGUGGACCAGGGGACGUACAGAUGCCAGCUGACCACUGCUGACGGACUGACUGUUGAGUCUGCAAUGUGGACGCUCCGUGUCCAGUGUGCGUCCAGACCUCCAGUGUUCCCCAGCUUGCUGCAGGGCUGCAGUGUAGCGGACGGUCAGACCAUCAGCCUGCAGGUCCCUGUGGAUGGAAAACCUGCUCCGACCGUCUCCUGGCUGCUCAACGAGCAUCCUGUUCCGGCUGGGACCCGUACCUCGUAUGUCGGGGGCGUGGCCACACUGACCAUCCAGAGCUCAUCGCGGCGAGAUGAAGGAUUGUACGCGUGUGUGGCAGAGAACGUCCACGGCCGAGCCGAAAGCAGCGCCCGAGUCCACGUCAAAGGAAGCCGACCGGCUCACAGCUCGGAGGUCACAUGUGAAGCCCCUCGCUUCAUUACCCGACUGAGCGACCUGAAGGUGAUGGACGGCAGCAAAGUCUCCAUGAUGGUGGAGCUGAGCGGUCAACCCCCUCUGCAGGUGGUGUGGCUCCAUGAUGGGCAGGAAGUGACGGAGUCUGAGGAUUUUCACCUGCUCAGGGUGGAGAACCGCUGCACUCUGAUGAUCCAGGAGGUCUUCCCCGAGGACACGGGGACCUACAGCUGCCGGGCCUGGAACAAGUACGGAGAGGACCGCACUGAGGCCCGGCUCACCGUGGAGGAGCCUCAGGACGGGGUCCAGCCCUGGUUCAUCACCAAACCCAAGCCGGCGAGCGCCGUUGUGGGUCAGCACGUCCUGCUGUCCUGCGCCGUCGCCGGAGACCCGUUCCCCGAGUACACCUGGACCAGAGGAGACCCGAGCCGAGCUCUGAGCUCCGGAGGAGACUACGAGCUGCUGCAGAAGGAGGACGUGGUCUCGCUGCUCAUCAGGCGGGUCCAGAAGCAUCAUGAGGGAGACUACCUGAUCAUCCUGAGGAACAAGGUGGGGGAGUGCAGUGCUGUGGCCAGUCUGUCCAUCACCGGAGGAGGGGACGCAGACCGGAGAGGAGGAGGAGGAGGAGGAGGAGGAGGAGGAGGAGGAGGAGGAGGACUCUCUGGGGGCGGAGCCUUCAACCCAGCUCUGUUUAUUCUCUCUCUUUCUUUUUUACUCCUUCUACUUUUUGUUGCUCCAUCCAGAGCUGCAGCAGCAGGAGGACGAGGAGGAGAAGGAGGAGCCGGUGGAGCGCCGGUGCUGAAAGGAGGUACCAGAGGACGAGGAGGUGGAGGAGGGGGUGGAGGCGUGCAGCAGAGAAGCAGCAGUGUCAGUCAGCAGUGGCAGCAGGCCAACCAGGAGCAGAAGGAGAACCUGCAGGAGGAGAGGAAGAGGAAGGAGGACGAGACAGAAGAAUCCUCCGCCACCGCUUCCACUCCCAUAGGCCUCCUCAAGCGGCGCGUGGAGACGAGGGAGCGCGGGGAAGAGGAGCUUCGCCAGAGGGAGGCGCAGCAGUUGGACUUCCGCUCGCUGCUGGGACGCCGGGCGUUUCACGCCAACAAGGAGCAGCAGGAGGGAGACGAGCCGAGGGAGGCCGGCCCCGUCGCCGUCACCGUCACCGCCACCGCCCAGCACCGCCUCUGCCACCAAAUGGAUUUUAAGCCCAACCUCCGGGGAGUCAAGCCCAAGAUGGAGGAGAAGGUGAACUCCCCGGCGCAGGUCGACUUCCGCAGCGUCCUGGGGAAGAAGAGCGCCGCCGGCAGCAACAAGCCGGCCGAGACGCCCGCCAAGACCGCCAAUGACUUCCGCUCCGUCCUCGCCAACAAGAAGAAGACAACGGCGACCCCGGAGAAGAACGGUGAGAAGGUGAACAACUGUGUGGAUGGAGGGAUUAAUGAAAAGAAGACGGGAGGAGGAGGAGGAGGCAUGGCGCCGGAGUUCGUGGAGAAGCUGAAGGAUCUGACGGUGCUGGACGGGCAGCGGUUCCGGCUGGAGUGCCGCCUCGCCGCUGCCGCCACUGAUGUCACCGUCACCUGGACGCUGGACGGGAAGGUCAUCAAACCAUCCAAGUUCAUCAUCCUCGCCAAUGAAGGCGGCCUGUGCUCCCUGACUAUAGGCAAAGCUCUGCUGGAGGAUGAAGGCGAGUAUAAAUGCAGAGCCGAGAACUCUGCAGGCAGAGCCGAGUGUUCCUGCUUGGUCCUCGUCGACGACCCGGAAGAAAACUCUUCAGUGGACAAGAAGUCCAAGAAGGCGACUCCGACCUCAGAGAGUGAAGCCAGAAUAAAGAAGCCGACUGCGAAGACUCCACCCAAACAAGCUCUGCCCCCUCAGAUCCUGCAGUUCCCCGAGGACAUGAAGAUCCUGGCGGGGCAGAAGGUGGAGAUCCUCUGCAAGUUCUCUGGAGCUCCACCCAUCAACUGCACCUGGCUGAAGUUCAGGAAACCAAUCCAGGAGGGCUCCGGCGACAUCUCUAUGGAGAACAGCGACAGCAGCAGUAAACUGACCAUCAGCAGCGGGCAGCAGGAACACUGCGGCUGCUACACCAUCGAGCUGAAGAACAGCUACGGCCUCCGACAGGCCGCCCUCAACCUCACCAUCGUAGAUAAACCCGACCCCCCAGCCAAGGUUCCUGCGGCCUCAGACAUCCGGCGGUCCACUCUGACGCUGUCCUGGUACGGGCCAACCUACGACGGCGGCAGCGCCGUGCAGUCCUACAACCUGGAGAUAUGGGACUCUGUGGACCAGCAGUGGAAACACCUGGUGUCCUGCAACAGCACCUCUUACAACGUACAGAACCUUCUGCAAGAACGUCAGUACAAGUUUCGCGUGCGGGCGGAGAACAUCUACGGUGUCGGAGAGCCGAGCGUGGAGUCGGAACCUGUGACCAUGUGUCUGGUGGACAAGGAGGAAAAGGAAGAGGCCGAGGAGGAGGAUGAAGACACAGACAAGGACCCGGAGUUCAGAGACGUGACCAUCAAAACCGACCUGAAGGUGAAGGAGAUGUACGACGUGGAGGAGAGGCUUGGAACGGGGAAGUUCGGCCAGGUCUUCAAGCUGGUGGAGAAAGCAACGAAGAAGGUUUGGGCGGGAAAGUUUAUUAAGACAUACUCAGCGAAGGACAAGGACAGCGUCCGGCAGGAGAUCAACAUCAUGAACAGCCUCCAUCACCCCAAACUGGUCCAGUGUGUGGAUGCCUUCGAGGGCAAGUCGGACAUGGUCAUGGUCCUCGAGAUGAUCUCAGGUGGCGAGCUUUUUGAGCGGAUCAUCGACGAGGACUUUGAGCUGACGGAGAGAGAAGUGAUUAAAUACAUGCUGCAGAUCAUCGAAGGCGUCAACUUCAUCCACAAGCAGGGCAUCGUGCACCUCGACCUCAAGCCCGAGAACAUCAUGUGCAUCAACAAGACGGGCAGCAAGAUCAAACUCAUCGACUUCGGCCUGGCAAGACGGCUAGAAAACUCUGGAACUCUGAAGGUUUUGUUCGGGACUCCAGAGUUUGUGGCUCCAGAGGUGAUUAACUACGAAGCCAUCAGUUACCCCACCGACAUGUGGAGCAUAGGAGUCAUCUGCUACAUACUGGUGAGCGGUCUCUCUCCCUUCAUGGGGGACAGCGACAGCGAGACUUUGGCCAACGUCACGUCGGCCACCUGGGACUUUGAGGACGACGCCUUUGAUGAAAUCUCCGACGAUGCCAAAGACUUCAUCACCAACCUGCUGAAAAAAGACAUGAAGGCUCGGCUGACCUGUGCUCAGUGUUUCGAGCACCCCUGGCUGAAGCAGGACACCAACACCAUGAAGGCCAAGAAGCUCUCCAAAGAGAGGAUGAAGAAGUACAUCCUGAGGAGGAAGUGGCAGAAAACGGGUCAUGCCGUCCGAGCCAUCGGCAGACUCUCGUCCAUGGCCAUGAUGGCCGGAGUCAGCGCCAAGAAGGGCUCGCCCACAGAAGAGGACAACCAGUUCCUGGAGUGUCUGGAGUACGAGCAGAAAACGGAGUGCAAGCCGACGUUCAGCUCGGUGAUCAAAGACGUAGAGGUGGUGGAGGGCAGCGCUGCACGCUUCGACUGCAAGAUAGAAGGUUACCCCGACCCCGAGGUGGUGUGGUACAAAGAUGAGCAGCCCAUCAAAGAGACUCGACACUUCCAGAUCGACUACGACGAGGAUGGGAACUGCAGUCUGGUCAUCUCAGAGGUGAACGGAGACGAUGACGCCAAGUACACGGUGAAGGCGGUGAACAGUCUUGGAGAAGCGACCUGCACCGCCGAGCUGCUGGUGGAGGUGAUGGCUGGAGAGGAGGAAGAAGAGGAGGAAGAGUAAACGUGUGACAGUCUGGACUCCCACGGGAGGAGGAGGUGCUUUGCUGCUCCUCAGCCUGUCAGACCUGAGCAGGAAAAAAUUACCCACAAACAACAAACUGUGUCUGAUGGUACAGGUGGGCGGGCCUUCACACACCAUGAGAAGGGCUCAAAAUCCUGCUAUUUGUCUUGUGUGAUGCAUCAAUCCUCCGUCAGUAUGAGCUUUUGAGGUAUAUUUGUUUAUUGAUCCCUCCACUGUCACAACUGAAAUUAAAAUCAUAAAAAUUCAACACAAAGUAGCCUUAAAAUAUCCACAGAAAGCAGCCAGUUCUGCCUGCACAAUGCUGUAUUAAGUCCCGCCCGCCUGGAACAUCAAGAAAGCGAGCUCCUCCCACUCACUCACUGGGUUUUUAUUCUUACACUUUACUAUUCUACGGUUGAUGAGUGAAACAGGAAGCUUUGGAUUUUUUUUCUGGAGGAUAUUUAAAUUAGGCCAUGGAGGUGUUGGACCACUAGAGACGCUGCAGAAAAACGUUGCACAGAUCUCACCUACAGCCACCUCUGACGAGAGGUUUAAUGUCAGAAAAAGGUGAGAAGACCUCCAUCCAUCCCCUUUUAAACCAGCUUCAUCCGGUCCAGGGUCGUAGGAUGGGGGAGGGGAGCUUAAACCAGAAAGUGCCUUAAGUAUUAAAAAGCAGGGGGCGACUUAAAUAGAAGUUUGUUUUAGUUUUCAUUAACUGUUUGUGAUUCAAAGAAGAAAACUAAAGAAUGACUUCUCUGACAUGGGUCAACACCCCCUUUUUAACUCUCCAAGCCCCAUCCCCAACGCCUGAUUGGCCGACUUCAGGAAGCUGCUGAGGGGCAGCACCCAAUCAGAGCUGAACCAUGUUUCUAAACAAAUCAGCGACGCAUAAAACAAAAUUAACGUUUACAUCGUGAUGUUACUUUGGCCAUGUUUGAAACUGAGACAAUGUACACGCAUGACAAAAUGUCAAAAGCACAAAAAAGUCCUCCUUAAAUUUCACUUUUUGAAAGGACGAAUUCAGAGUUCAUUCUGCAAUUGCAAAUCCGAUGUUACAUUGGAAUGCACCACCACUGAGGAAUUCUGGGUAAUGAAGUCUUGAGAGGGCCGUAUCGACGGAUGCCUUAAUCCAGAAGUGAGUCGACAGUGAAAAUGGUUAUGAAACUUGUCUUUUAUCUGCAAUUCCUUAACGCCUGCCUUACACUGUGAUCCUUGAAGCAACACCUUCAACCUUUUGAUUGGGACUUUUAUUUCUUGUUUCCUUAUAAAGUCUGUCUGCAUCUUACAGGUGUAUCUGAGAGGAUUCAGAAAAAAAAUCUGGUUCCCUUUAAUUCAUUAACGCAGAAAAAUAGUUUGUGAUUUGUGGUUAAAUCUGUUAUUUGCUUUUUCAAACCACGAACUAUGACGUCUCCCAGCCAAGUCGUCCGGUUUUCGACGGUCCACCAGGUUGUUGUGACGUCGGCGCAGAAACCAGAUGUGAUUAAAAGUCGUGAGGGUGUGUUGCCACAUUCCAGCUGUGUGUUUAUGCAUGAAUCCACUUAUUUAAAUCUUAACCAGCUGAUAAAGAUUCAACCAGAAACCAAAGAAACCUUUUCUAUUGUUUUAAUUCACCAAGGUGUUUGUGUGUGUUUUUCGGCAAUCUGUUCUUCUUUUUUUUUUUUAUGUUUCAACCGUCCUGGUUUGUUUUUGUUUUUGAGAUUGUUUUAUUUUUAGACCUAUUUAAUUCACAGAUUGACAAUUAUCAUUUGAGCAUCCAUCUUGUUCAGUUAUUAACCUGUCUGUAUUAAACCAGCAGUGGACUCACUCAUUGACUUUUUUUUUUGUAUUAGAUGUAUGUAGAUUUUAUUUCUCAAAUUUUUAUAAGUAUAUCAGUUUGAUGAACUGCAGAUGACAUAUAUGAGAACACUACAACUGUAGUUACUCACAGAUGACUAAUAAAUUUUAUCACCAAACAAA